AUGGCGCAGCGCCGUGGACGUUCGGGGGUGGCGCUGCUGGCUGCGGGUGCUCUUUUGUUCUGCGCCUUGCCAGCCUUCGUCCCUCCUCUUAGCCGCCGUGCUGCGUUGGCGGCCCCAGCCGCAGCAGCGAUGCUCUUGUUGGGUGCCGAGACAGCAACAGCGGACGUGUCGGCCUGCAACCCCGGCGCCAACAAUUGCUGGUCCACCCUGUCCACAGACAAGACGAAGAUGAGCCCUUGGAAGUGGCCAGCAGGCACGAGCAAGGCUGAUGCUGUCAGCCAGCUCAAAGCAGCCAUCGAUGCUUAUCCACAGGCUGGGCAGGGUGAGGUGGACUUGGGUGGCUACUCCUACGCAGUCGACACCCUUGCCGACAAGGGCUAUGCACGCCUGGAGUUCAAGUCGGGCAUUGGCAACUUUGCUCGAUUCUUCAACGGUGGCCAGCCCUUCGUGGAUGACUUCGAAGUGAGCGUAGGAGACAGCAGCGUAGCCGUCAAGAGCGCCUCGCGACUGGGGGACAGUGAUUUCGGGGUAAAUGCCAAGCGAUGCAACUACAUCGCAGCCGCACUGAGGGCAAAGGGAUGGGAGUUUGCCUUCGAUGGAGUCUUUGGGGAGCAGUCAGCGCAGCGCGAUGUCUUCAUGCAGAUCGGGCUUCCGGUCCUGCGCGAGGCUUUGCGGGGCAUCAAUGGAACCGUUCUUGCCUAUGGGCAGACGGGCUCCGGCAAGGCGGGGCUCCUCCCCCGCCUCGUGGCCUCCCUGUUUUUGAUGAUCAGCCAGGAUGUCGCGAAUGUUUACGAUAUCGAGGCAGCAGCCGUCCAGGGUAUUGCCUCCUUGCCACUGUCACAUCAGCAGAUCUACAACGAACAAGUGGACGACUUGCUGAACUGUGAACAUCAGAGCGGCAUCGGACACAAUCUGAAUGUUCGGGACGGCGGCAUCGUCAACGGGUUGACGUGGAUUCGAUGCACGAAGCCCGACGAGAUGCUCGAAGCUUUCACACGAGCUCGAGCCAAUGUCGUCUAUGCUGAGACCAAGAUGAACAAGGCUUCCAGCCGCAGCCAUGCGAUCUUCCAGCUUCGCAUCAGCAAACGCGAGCGCGUUUUCGAAGCUGCAAAGACGGGUCAGAAGGUGGAGUGCACCAUUGCGAGGCUGAAUGUCGUGGACCUCGCUGGAUCAGAGCGCGCCACGGUCAAGAAGUCUGGCUCCGAAGGCAUGCGCUUUCAGGCGUCGAAUGUGGUCAGCGCCCUGGCCGCGCGCAAGUCCCACAUACCCUUGCGAGACAGCAAGCUCACCAGGAUCCUCGAUGGCUCUAUCGGGGGGAACUGCCGCACAGCGCUGCUCGUGUGUGUGAACCCGGCCUUCGAACACGUCGGUGAGACCCAGAAUACCCUGGAGUUCGCAUCGAGGGCGACGCGCGUGGAGGUGGACGCCAAGGUCAACACGGCGUUGGUGGAAGUCAGUGCCAAGGUUCAGGCUGACAAGAAAGAGAUCGAGGCGAAGCGAGAGGCAGAGAAGCGCGAGAAGGCCGUGCAGGAGGCGGAAAGCAACGUGAAGAAGCUUCAGCAGUCAGUGUUUACAGUGCAGCUCUUGCAGCGGUGUGCUCCCGGCGCCACCGUGGAGGUGUCCUGGGCGCUUCGUGCCACAGAGGGCUUUGCGGCCGGUAGUAUUAUCGUAUUAGUGGCGAUCAUGCCGCCGGGUAGCAACGUCGCCAUGGCUUUCGCCCUGGCGGCAUACCGUUGGGCGGAUCACCGCCGAGCGGCUCGUGCAGUGGCCAUCGCGGUGCUUCUUCUGCUUGCGCGCCUCUGGCAGGGCGUGCAACGACGAUUGUAUGGUGUCCACCGCAUCAGGCUUCCAUUGAAGACUUUGCUUCCCCAAGUGCCCGCAGCGGCACCGGAGACAACAGCGUGUCAGGGCAAUGAUUGUGGAGCGGACGAAGUGAAAGCCGAGGGCGGAGAAGUCUUGUCAGUGAUCUACCAGUGCACGGAAUUCCGGGUCGGGGAUUAUGUGACUUACCCUGACGACCACCGCGGCCAGAUCAUUGGUAUCGAUGGAGAUGGAGACGUGAUGGUGCGUACUACUGGCGGCCGCGAGGCUGUUUGGUACAUCAGCAAGUGCACCAAAGCCCUCAGCGCGGGGGACAGAGUGCAAUACCCUUGUGGAGAAGUGGGCUCCGUGAUGGCGUUCGAUGAAGACGGAGACCUGCUUGUGCAAAAAUCAGACGGAUCCAGCGCACGUUGGUUUGCCCAAAAGUCGACAAGACUUCUCAGCGUCGGAGAUGCAGUUCAGUACAUCGCCGGCGACGGGGCAACCGUCAUGGGCUUUGAUGCAGACGGGGACGUGAUGAUCGUUACACCAAGUGGACGCAGGGCCACCUGGUUCGCGAGCAAAUGUUUCUGA